AUGGCGUCUGUUUCAAACGUUUUCUUUACGGUCGACACCAUUUUACGCUUGUACUCGUGUCCACGUAUAAUGUUUUACUUUAUGUCGAUAAUCAACUUCGCAGACGGAACAGCGUUGAUUGGCGCGUAUCUUCACUUAAUCCUAUACUACAAAUACCCUCACUUACGCUACGGUAACUCCUGGAUAGAUAGUUUAGCUUAUAUUCAGAUGUUGAGAUCCCUUCGUCUGUUCAGAAUCGUUGCAAAUAUUCGAGCAGGAAAAGUUCUUGCCUAUUCUGCACGCAAAAAUGUCAAAGACCUUACCAUACUGAUAUUGUUCCUAAUUGCCGGAAUGUGUACCUUUGCGAGUUGCUUUUACAUCGUCGAAGAGAAAACUACAAUUGAGAGUAUUCCAGACGCCUGGUACUGGGCUGUCAUUACCAUGACAACCGUUGAAUACGGUGAUAUCGAGCCGAGAACCAAGAUUGGCAGGUUGUUGGCGUGUAUUUGCGCAGUUGUUGGUGUUCUAUUACUCGCCCUUACCGUGCCGAUAUUUGCCAACCAUUUUCUUAUACUUUAUCAGCACGUGGAAACGGAAAAUGUAGUUAAGCGUCUCGAAAAGAAAUCGACAAAAUUAACAAGUAACCAAAAUAUCGAGAACACCGAAAAACGAAAAGCAUUCUUUAUCGUCUAG